UAUCUAUUAAGGAUGCAAUAACUAAAUAUUAAUAUUGUAAUUCUCUGUUUCAGAUUGCCUCCACCUCCAGCUCUACAGAGACAGUAAAGACCGCUACAAGCAAGGGCAGACUAAAGCAUCCCUCUCUCUCCAGCACUUCCUGGGGGUUGAAACUGGAUUCACCUUGGACAAGGAGUCCAACACGAUCGCCAUCCUCUGCCAGGAUGUGACGGUGGUCCUCGCCUUCGACACCAGGGAGCGCCUCAUCCAAUGGCAGGUCAAGAUCGCCAACAACCUCGGGGAGGACCAGCAGUACCUGAUCCAGGUCGGAGCGGCGCCGCCCAAGGCCAAGAUCUCCCCCGGCCCGGCGAGGCUCCACAUCCAGGAGUACAGGUUCUCCCUCACGAUGGGGGUGCCGCCGCGCCUUAUCGGGGUCUGGAACAUAUCACAGCUUAGGAAAUAUGGAGUCGUAGAGAACAGAUUCGUAUUUGAAGGUGGCUCAGGUUGCGGAAGAUACGAAGGUGUCUACGUCCUGGUUACCGACCAAGGGGAGGAGAUCAGUCAUGCCUUCAAGGCCGCCAGUCAGGGAAAGCUCAUCCCGAAGAGGAAGCAAGUUAGCAGAAACAUGUCUGUCAUAGAGAGCCCGAGAAAGCUCCAAGCCAGGAUGAAAUCUGUCGCAGCCAGCGAAAUGGAAUGCUGCCGACAGGACACGCUCUGGGAAUCUUCGGAAACUCCUCAAGGAUCGGAAUUCGGAGACACGGUUUCUGUUUCAGACCUGGCGAUAGAGCCUCAAGUAAAUAUUUUUACACCAGAUUCUGCUUUGACUUUGAAUAAAUAUUUAGUUAAACGUUCUAUUGUUUCUAUUACACAGGACAGCUGGAACCAGCAUGAUCUGAGUCGUUGCCACGGCUGUACGACUAAAAUCGGAUCAAUGACGAGGUCCCUCACUGUAUCCAACACACCUGGCACUGGCUUCAACCCUGCCUGGAUCAUGGAAUCAAAAAAUUGCGAACACCAUAUAACAAGAAAUACCAUCUGUUGCAACAUAUCUGUCAUCUCGCACACAUGCCAUUCUGGUUCCAACUCAUCCAAGUCUACUAGUGAUGACUCGGGUUGCAGGUCUGGUGCCAUUUCUCCAUGUAGUGUAAAUCCGAUGAUAUGUUCUCAUCAGAUCGAACCGAAAACACCGCUCGUUCAACCGAAGCAGGCUCACCCUGAUCCUCCUGUUCAGUAUGAAAAUUAUGACACUCCUCGUUCUCUUUGCAUCAAUCUUAAAGAUGAACAGAGCAUCGGAAACAGGAAUUCGGUAGCAUCAUCUGGGUCAGAACUUGAAUACUACGAUACGCCCAAGAAGCUCAAAGAAUCUAUAAUCGGACCCUGCCAGGCUUGUCACAUGAGGUGCACAUCCCCACCACCUGUCUGUCACCAACCAUUUCAGAAGUUAGAUUGCAGUUGUCAUCCUGUAAUAGUUUGUCCCUGUCAAAAAGUUCACUGUCAACCAAAACCCAUCAUGAUAUGUUCUUGCUGUUCACAAGACAUCAAGUUCCCUCAAAGUCAGGUCCACCAUCAUGAUGCAUGUGCUAAUGGAGCCAUCUAUGCUAAAGUUGAUUUGCUCAAGAAAACUAAAAGAAGGCUCGAGUCUUCUGCUAGCAUCCCACCUCCUUCUAACGGUGCUGUUUUAGAUUCGGACAUGUGCAGGGAAAAUAUGCCUCAGAAUUAUGCCAACUUACAAUUCGCUCAAAGCCUCACCCACUAUGAAAAUGUUCGAGAUUUGAGAGUCCAUUUAGACUCUUCUGGAUUGUGUACGAAAUGCCAAUGUGCACAGCAGAAGCAGACUGAAGAAGGUGGAAAUGAGGAUUAUUUGCUGAUGGGGCCGAUAUCGUCACCACCUGAUGAUGAAAUCAAAUCUUCGGGAGAUAAAGUUUCCAGCCCUCCAUACAUCCCGAUGAAUCCUAUCAGGAAUAAGUGCCCAUGCUCACCUAUCAACGAACCACUUUCUUCCGAGACCAGGUCUGCGACUGCAAGCCCGUUUUUGAGAAGGCACGAUCCUUCAAGCUGUUACCUCAACGAAGAGAGGAGGCGAAUGGCACAGAUCAGGAGGCGAUCUAACUCAAUGGAUUCAGGAAGGUUUAUUGAUGGCCUCGAAUGUAUCACAGAAAGGACAGUCUCUUCACAGAACACCCUUACGGCCAAUUCCAACACCAAUUCUGUUGAUUCUCUUCCAAGCGAGAAAGCUGAAGUUGCACCCAAGCCGAUAACCAUUGGAAAAAUAAGGCAAGCCCCAUCGAGAAGAUCUUCUUCAGGCCCAGUUUCCAAAUCCAACCGUGAUUCGAGCAGCUCCAAUGAUUCCGGUGUGUCUACAGGCUCGCUGAAAAACUUUGGUGCAGGCUUCUUGGAAUUCGAAACAAUCUUAACACCACUCUCAAAAGUAAGGACCCAGUCUCUCGGUGGAGUGAGGCGAGAGUUGACAAAAUCCAAGUCAUCGGAUCCUUUGGAAGAGCUUACUUUCAGAUUUAAUAAAGCUGACAUUAAGUCUUCUUCUGCGGAAGCAGAAGUCCCUAUCUGUCCUCCUAAGAAGGACUCUAAAGAUUUGUCGGUAUCCAGUAGCUCUGGAGCACUAACUAUUCCUUACGUUGACUCAAUCAGCACGAGCAGCGGGGCCUCCGACAUGUCUGACUACAUCGAGACACUAUCUAUGUCAUCAUUUAGCUCCUCAGAACAUGAUAAUCUAAGACAAUGCCAUUCUGCUGUCACUGUUUUGAGGCCACGUUCUGGCAAAGAAUAUCAAAAAAUCGAUAGGAUUAAUAUCGAUGAAGGGAAACAUAAGCUAAGCAUGCAGCAUAUAGAUUCGCCCUCACCGGGCUACGGAAGUUCAACUUCAAGUAACUAAGUCAUAGUUUAUAGUCUGCGGUGUUGUACUACAUAUUGUUUUAGAAGCAAUAACUAUAACAAAAUAUAUGUAUAAGAAAAUGCAAAUAAAAUAUUAUUAAUAUAUUUAAAAAAGAAAAAUGUAUAUUAAAUUUAAAUCUGUGGUAAAAGAAGCGUACUGUAUCGUACGAUAUUUAUAUGUUGUAUAAAUGAAUUGUAAUUAAUUCUGGUUUAAAUUGUUUCUACUUAUUUUGGGAUAUAUGCCAAUAAAUAAUAGCCUAUGUAAAUAUGUUUCUUAAAGCUAAUUGUUUUAUGUAUAAUAAGAUAGAGGGUAAGUUUUCUGUUACCGUAAUGCAUUAUUUCUUUUUAAUUACAAAUUUCUGAAUAAACUCCAUUUAAACAAAUUUUGUUGGUGUAUUUUAAUGGAUAGACCAUUGAACCCCUAUACUAAAAAUACUAAUU